AUGCGUAUUUGCUAUUAUGAUCUCCUCGGCAUAGAACGUCAGGCUUCCGCGUUAGAUAUCAAAAAAGCGUACAGAAAACAAGCAUUAAUUUGGCAUCCUGAUAAAAAUGGUGAUAGAAUCCAAGAAGCUACUGAACGAUUUGCAUUAAUCCAAGAGGCUUAUGAAGUAUUAUCUGAUCCUCAAGAAAGAGCUUGGUAUGAUGGUCAUCGUGAUUCUAUUUUAAGAGGCGAUGAUUAUAAAGGACAAAAAGAUAGUAGUGCAGGAACAACGUCGGAGGAUUUAAUGCGUUAUUUCAGUGUCUCUGAAUUUAAAGGAUAUGAAGACACACCCAAGGGUUUUUAUAAUGUUUACCGAAAUUUAUUUCAAAAAUUGGCAAUGGAAGAAGAAGAAGCAUUUCGCAAUAAUCCUCCCGAAGAUGAUAUUCAUUCCGCUACAGAUUAUCCAUCUUUUGGUAAUGCGAAUACACCAUUUGCAGACAACGAUGGCUAUUUAGGAUAUGGCGCCUAUAUAAAGGACUUUUAUGGUGCUUGGUGUAAUUUUAGUACUUUUAAAUCUUUUGUUUGGAUGGAUAAAUGGCGUUUGUCAGAAGCACCAAGUCGUUAUGUACGAAGACAAAUGGAAAAGGAAAACAAAAAGGCCAGAGAGACAGCUAGAAAAGAAUACAAUGAUACAGUUCGUAGUCUUGCUGAAUUUGUUCGUAAACGUGAUCCUCGUGUAAAAGCAUAUUUGAAUGAAGAACAAAAGAGAAAGGAAGCGGCAGCAGCAGAACAGAAAGCAAGAAUGUUGCGUGAAAAGCAAGAGAUGCAGGCAAAAAUAGCUGAAUAUCAAGUACCUGAAUGGGCUAAAGUAGAUGAAGAAGAGGAUGGCAUGUUCAAUGAUGAGGAAGUUGAUGAAGAUGAUGACGAUGAAAUAAAAGAGUUUUACUGUGUUGUAUGUGAUAAAGCAUAUAAGAGUGAACGUCAAUUUAUAAGUCAUGAAAGCAGUAAACGUCAUAUCGAGAAUGUAGAGAUAUUACGACAAGAAAUGCUUGCUGAUGAAGAACAAUUUGAUUUUGGUAGCAAUGAACCAUCUGUGAUGACGGAAGAGGAUAUCAGUGUUCCUCAAGAAAUUAAAGAACAAGAUGAAGUAUUAGUCACAGCACAAUUUGAGGAUUUAAAUUUACAACAAGAUAAAAAGAAGAAGAAAAAGAAUAAAACUAAAAAGAUGACACCUCGUUGGGGAUUUGAUGAAGUGUCACCAGAUACUAAUGCUGAAGAUGAGAUAAGUAUGUUAGCGGCUGCUUUAGAAGAAGAACAAAGAUCUAGGAGGAGAAGACAAGGAAAUAGUAACACUCAUAGUAGAAAUAUGUCACCUAGUAAUAUAAUACAAGAACAAAUUCCUAAUUCUACUACACCUACACCUGAUUCAGAACCAGCAGUAGAAAAACAAAGUGCAAAAACAAAACGAGAAAAACGUAGAGAAAAAAAGAAGUUAAAAGAAGAAACAGUUGCUGAAGUAAAAUAUAAAAUAUGUUACAUGCUAAAAUCCUAUCAAAGCCUCUAAUAUUUUUUAUUUUUUUAUUUUUUAGCAUUCAUGCAAUGUUUGUAUGGAACGUUUUGAGACCAGAAAUCAGUUAUUUAAUCAUAU